AUGGGUCUGAUCGAGGCAGUCUACAUAUUCAACGAGCCCAACAAUGCCAUCGUCUCACACACCUUUACCGCGCGCCCACCACCCGCAACCACCUUGCUACCGCUAUACCUCGCCCACUCAGAACCCAGACCAUCAUGUAUCUACCUGACAGGAACAAAUCCACCGACACUGCUGUUCUCCAUGCUACAGGAUGGCCUGCUGUUUCUGAGUCCUUGCUCCACCGACACGGAACCGCUGGUUGUCCUAGAGUUCCUGCACCGCGUGGCCGACGCGCUUGAAGAGUUUCUGGGUGCGCCGCUACUGGCUAGUAAGCUGGAAGCAAACUACGAUGUCAUAGCUCAGGUCUUGGGCGAGAUGUGCGAUGGAGGCUUGAUUGGAGGCACUGAAGCCAAUGCUCUAAGAGACGUUGUGGAUACACCGUCCUGGAUGGGCAAGUUGCUGGGAGGUGUAGGAUUGCCUGGUACUUCUCCUGGCCUGAACGCUGGCCCAACACCCUUCUCUGGCAUGGGUAGCGGUGGCAGCGGAAGCCUCACUCCUACUCUCUCAACCGCUGGCUCUCAGAUCCCCUGGCGCCGCUCCAACGUCCGCCAUACAAGUAACGAAAUGUACGUCGACAUUGUCGAGACCCUGUCUGUCACAUACGCUCCCUCAGGCCGUCCUCUAGCCGCCUUCGCAAAUGGCAGCAUCGCCUUCACUAGCAAGGUCUCUGGCGUACCUGAUUUACUGCUCAGUCUACGCGCUGGCAGCGGCCCUGGAGCCGACAAGGUAAAGCGCACCAUGGAGCGUCCAGUCUUUCACCCUUGCGUCCGCCUCGCGCGCUGGAGAGACCAUGCCGAACUCAGCUUUGUACCUCCAGACGGCCGCUUCGUACUCGCGGGUUACGACGUCGAUCUAUUGGAUCCUUCUGCCUCGCCUCUGUCUGCCAAAGCAAGCGAUCUGAAUCUUCCAGCUUCGAUAGAGAUGCGUGUGGGUCUAGGCGCCACAGGCUCAGACUUUGAAGUCAGACUGUUCGUCAGCCAUCGCUUCUACACUGGCACUGCAAGUCUUUCCAAUAAUCUGAGUAGCGGUGCAUCUCGCCCAUCAACCCUCCGUGGCAAUUCUGGAGAAGCUAAAGCACCAGUGUUGGAGGAAUUGACUGUGAGCAUCCCUGUCACGCAUGCCGUUCGCAAUAUCAGCGAUCUGCGCGCUACAAAGGGCGAAGCACACUGGAGUCCUGGCGACACUAGCAUCGAAUGGAAGAUCUCAGCCAAAGAAGCCGCAGGUAUCAGUAGUGCUGGCUGCGUUCUGCGCUGCACUGUCGUCGGUACCUCCUCUGGAGACACAGACGACGAAACACCAUUUUCCAAUGGCAGCGGUAUGAAGAGCUCUACCCACGACUACAGCGACGAUGACGACUAUUCGACCACCACUAGCACCAAACCCUCCUCUGCAGAAUCAGCAGCAUCCAAAGACAAGAAGAAGAAAUCACAAAAUGUAGGACUUAUGCCUUCAUCGGCAUCGCUGAGUUUUGGGGUCAAGGGAUGGUUGGCCAGUGGAUUGAAAGUGGAUGCAUUGGUCAUUGAUACAAAGAGGAGUAAAGGGUUGGGCGAGGGUGUGAGGCCGUACAAGGGAGUCAAGUAUUUGACAGUGUCGAGGAAAGGUGUGGAGGUCAGGUGUUGA